AUGGCCUCCAAGCUUCUCUGCCUCGCUCUCUUCGCGCCAAGUUUGGCUGAAACUGCGCAGAAGGUGAAGGUCGAGUUUUUCGCCGAAGCAGGCUGCCCUUUCUGCCGUCAAGCCAUUGCAGGGCCUGUUAACAAGACCUUGUCCAUGCCCAGCGUAGCGGCCAUCAUGGACUUCCAGUUCUUUCCCUUCGGCAACGCUUAUUUUGUCACCACAGAGUGCAAGGGAGCUGGUGACUAUGACAUGGCAGCACGCAAGUGCUUUAACAAGAACUGUGGUGCUGGAGCGUCCCAGCCCCCAAAGGACUGCUUUACCGGAGCUCUGGUUUGCCAGCAUGGCAGCCAAGAGUGCGCGGCAAAUCGUUUUUUGGCCUGUGCCAAGACAGUCGCUGGCGAGAACUUGCUGCCGUUCAUGUCCUUUACCCACUGUGUAGAAGCAAGUUACGACACGUUCUCGAAGGACACUGUAUCAGCAUGUGCCGAUGCUAGCCAGAUCGACAAAGACGCGGUUUUUCGUUGCUAUUCCGGCUCGGAGGGCGAUGAUGCGACCGUAGCACAGGCAAAGGCAACACCAGAACACCCAGGUGUGCCGUAUCUUUUGGUGAACGGGCAAGCUGUGGAACAGCCAGAUGACUUGUUGAAGACAGUUUGCAAGGCCUACCAGGGCUCAGAACCUGAUGCGUGCAAAAGCAUGGACACUUGGCCAACCCACCCGAUCAUUCUGCAGGUGUAG